UUGCAAUGCCAGACACUGUCGGUGUGAUCGAAGCUUUACCUCCAUUCUGCUGCGAUUCCAAUUGGGCGCUCGUGGCAUUAUCCCUCUCUCGUCCUUUUAAUCCACGAGUCUUGUCUGAAAAACGCAGAGGCGAGGUGCAGGUACACAGCUGCUGGGACGAAGUAUAUAAUCUAUUGGAAUUAAAACAGUGUGACUGCCGGAUUCAAAUAAAUGGAAUAUGGGGAAAGUCCUUACCUGUUCAUUAUGGGAUUUUGGGGAAUGCCAUGGCCUACAGGAGACAUCUUCUCUCUGAGUGGAUACAGGCAAUAGGUUUCUAGGAUGCGUUCCCUGAGGAAGACAGUGUUGUUAGCCAUUGUGGCAUCAGUGGUGUUGGUGGUUGCCCUCCUCCAUUCUUGGCCCACCAGGGCCUACACCACAGUGGAUGUCCGCCAGAGACCAGGGCCUAUAGUAGAGAGGCACCUGGAGGAGAGGCUCCCAGAACCGGACCAAAGAUCUGCCAACAUCCCCUAUCGCCUGAAGGAGAGUGUUGCAGGUCUGUUGGCACGUAACGGGUGCGUGUGUGAGGGUGAGAGUGGUGGCGUGAACCUACCCUUUGCCCAGCUGCUGUUCCCACGGGUGUCGGCCCACCCCCUGCACACUGCUUUUGAUGCCUCUGAGCUGGAGGAGAUGAAAAGACGGAGGGCCAAGGAGUACCAGAGCUUCCAGAUGAGGUCUCAGACUCCUGUAGAUAUGCUCAUUGUGGCCGAGGCCAACAAUCCUCUGCAGUACCCAACACAGGGGGUGGAAGUACGGCCCCUCAAAACCAUACUCAUCCCAGGGCUUGCCUUACAAGACCUUCCCAGAGAGCUGUACACAGUCAACUUCACCUCCACCCUGGGAGUGUUUAAUGUGGCAGCGGAGGUUGAGGGGGUAAAGGUCAAGGGUGACGGGGAGAUGCACAUGACCCUGAUGAGCAGCCUGCUGCCCAACCUGAACCGGCAGUUACAGUUUGUCUCCUACACCAACACACUAUUCCACCCUAGUACAGCAGACACAGUCCAGUUUGAGACCGAGGGACACCAAGCCAUGUUCAUCAUCAAGAUCCGUCAUCGUGUAACUCCAAAACUCUACAACACAGGACCCAAAGGGGAAUACAACAUCAGUGCCCUUGUUACGAUAGCAACCAAAACUUUCCUGCGCUAUGACAAGCUCCAAGAUCUCAUCGACAGCGUGCGACGAUACUAUCCCACUGUUACCAUAGUAAUAGCUGAUGACAGCGAAAACCCCAAGACUGUCUCUGGCCCCUACAUCGAACAUUACAUCAUGCCAUUUGGAAAGGGAUGGUUUGCAGGACGGAACCUAGCUGUUUCCCAGGUGACCACUAAAUAUCUGUUGUGGGUGGAUGACGACUUCAUCUUCACGGCCAACACCAAGCUGGAGAAACUAGUGGACGUACUGGAGAAGACCACCCUGGAUCUGGUGGGUGGUGCAGUGCGGGAGGCCACAGGCUACACUGCCACCUACAGGCAGACCAUCUCCAUUGAGCAAGGGGAGGAGGAAGAGGGCGACUGCCUGCACAUGCGGAGGGCCUUCCACCACAUCAUACAGGGCUUCCCAAACUGUGUGGUCACUGACGGGGUCAUCAACUUCUUCCUGGCCCGCACAGACAAGGUCCAGCAGGUGGGCUUCGACCCCCGCCUGGCCAGAGUGGCCCACCUGGAGUUUUUCAUUGAUGGCCUUGGCUCACUUCACGUGGGAUCCUGUGAUGAUGUCAUCGUCAAUCACGCCACCAAGAUCAAGCUUCCCUGGGUCAGCCAAUCAGAGAGUGACAAGACUUAUGCCAAGUUCCGCUACCCACCAGCCUCCUCGGACGCCACACACACCAAAAAUGGCCUCCUCUAUUUUAAGAACCACUUCCAGUGUUUGACUCACAAUUAAAUGUCAUGUUUUUUUUACCUGUAGCUUCUCCUCUCGUUCAAGAUUCCUGCUCUUCCUGAGUUGCCAAAGAAGCCCUCGCCCGAUGUGUCCCAUCAGAUAAGAUUUUAGACAACCACAUUACAUGCUUUCCCUUAAAAACAGCCUUGCUUGUUUCACUCUAGAGGGAUUGUCAUUCAAACAGAGCAAAGCUUUCAUUUCUCGUAACUUUGCUCUUCACUUGUGUACUCUUGAUUGUAAACUCAAGGUAGAGAUCAUCUUAAGGCAUUUACAGUGCAUUCGCCCCUUUGACAUUUUCCAUAUUUUGUUACGUUCCAGCCGUAUUCUAAAAUGUAUUAAAUUGUUUUCCCCCCUCAUCAAUCUACACACAUAUUGGGGCA